UUGGAGCCAAAGAUGCCAAGAAAUUUUAAACCCCCACCCAUGCAAGUGCAGAUCCCUGCUUAUAAGAUGGAUAAGAUUUCUAAGAUCGCUGUGUUUGGGACAAUGGAGCAAGGCACUCUGUUAGGGUCACCGUUGCCUUUCCCUGAUUUUACUCAGAAUAGAGCGAAUAUUGUCUCUGAAGGAUUUCCAAAAGGCGUCAUGACUAUCUUUGAUCUUAUUAAAAAGACUGCAGUGAAUAAUAAGCUGACUGGGGUCUCCGCACCUCAGGUCGAUAUGGAGGAAACAUUCUUCCUGUUACAUAAAGAGAUUAUGGAAAAUAAUUACACAUCAGAGUUAGAAGAAAGAAACCAGUUUUAUCCAGAAGAAUAUGAAGUUGUUAUAAACCCUUUCAUUGAAUACGAAACAGUAGACAAUACUGAGGAUUAUGAGUACUCGGCGUCUUUUCCUCAGUUCCAGUCGGUGAUUGCUCGACCUGACAAGAUUAGUGUCCACUAUACUGAUGAGAAUAUGGACAGAGCUACAGCAUCUCUAUCAGGUCUCAACGCUAGACACUUCCUAAGCCAUUGGGACAUGAUGAUGGGUGAGAGCAUCAUUUGGUGGUACAGAAAUCAUGGCAGAAUCUCUGUUAAAGAUGAGCUCAGGGAAGAUUUCCCUCACCUCAUCCAAAUGUGAGAAAAGUACUAUAAUCAAAGAGUUGGUGAGUUCAUAAAAGACUUCCCUGAGUUCUUGGAAGAAUUCAGGCCUCAUGGCUUAGUAACUAAGGAUGGUGUCCAACUAAGGCAAUUCUACCCUGAUACAGAUAUACAUGAGUGUCUUGAUAACAAUUAUUACUAUGGAAGAAAACCUCGAGCUUGAUUACAUCAGAGCUAUCAGGAAGGAUCUUAGAGCACUGAAGCUAGCAAGUGAUAAUUCAACCGA